AUAAUAGAAAAAAUCUCAUAUAGGAAGUGAAUUUUAAGUGAAAAUUUGAGAAUAUUCUUAAGACAAUCCUAUAGAUAACCAUUUAUCUUUUUUUCGUUUCUUUUUAUUUUUUUAAAAAAACUAUAUUAUCUCACAAUAGAAAAUUGGAGCAAGAAAGUUGUUUAUUUUACCAUUGGCAACAUGGGGAUUCUAUCAUGGUGGAAAGGAAACAACAAACAUUCCCAACCUGAUAACAACAACAAUGACAAAGCCGCCCAAGCUUCAAGUCCUAACCCUAACCCUAACCCUAAGGCGGUGGAGGUCCCUGGUAUGAACGGUGCUGUGGAGGUUCCUCGGAAAGAGAAUGUGACGGUCUUCGAGUUUGGUUCUGUCGCCGCUACCGCCGACAACGUCACGCUCGCUGGUUUCUGUCCUGUCUCCGACGAACUCGACCCCUGCCGUUGGGAGAUCUUACCGGCGAGUGGCUCUGAUGCUCCGCAAUUUCGCGUGGUCUUCUGAGCGACUUCACCUACUUCUGUGUAAGCCGAGUGUGUGUCAGUGUCUUUGUUUUGGAGAAAUUUAGGAAAAAAGGGGUUUUUCUUGUUUAAAUUGAGAAGGAAAAAAGAAAAGUGACUUAGAGAGAGAAGUAAGAUGUAAUGUUGGUUGAAAUUGGAGUUUUACAAUGUUUUUAUAUCCAAUUGAUUUGAAAUAUAUUAUUGAAACUGAUGCAGUUAUUGAAAU